GGCACCGAUGCCCCAGCGGUGGUCAACUGCCUGCACAUCCUGGCUCGCUCCCUGGAUGCCAGGACCGUGAUGAAGUCCGGGCCAGAGAUCGUCAAGGCCGGGCUGAGGUCCUUCUUCGAGAGCGCCUCGGAGGACAUCGAGAAGAUGGUGGAGAACCUGAAGCUGGGGAAGGUGACCCAGAGCAGGACCCAGGUGAAAGGAGUGGCCCAGAACAUCAACUACACCACCCUGGCCCUGCUGCCCGUCCUCACCUCCCUCUUCGAGCACCUGGCCCAGCACGGCUUCGGCGACGACGUCAUCCUGGACGAUGUGCAGGUCUCCUGCUACCGAAUCCUCUGCAGCAUCUACUCCCUGGGCACCACUCGCAAUCCCUAUGUGGAGAGGUUGCGGCCGGCGCUGGGGGAGUGCCUGGCGCGGCUGGCGGCCGCCAUGCCUGUGGCCUUCCUGGAGCCGCAGCUCAACCACUUCAACCCCUGCUCGGUCUACAGCACCAAGUCCCCCCGGGAGCGUGCCAUCCUGGGCCUGCCGGGCCGGGUGGAGGAGCUGUGCCCGGACAUCCCGGAGCUGGAGGGGCUGAUGGGGACCAUCGGGGGGCUGGCGGAGUCGGGGGCUCGCUACACGGAGAUGCCGCACGUCAUCGAGGUGGCCCUGCCCAUGCUCUGCCACUACCUGCCCCGCUGGUGGGAGCGGGGCCCCGACAGCGCCCCCCGCGGGCCCUGGGCCACCGCCGUCACCGGCCACCACCUCAACGCCCUGCUGGGCAACAUCCUCCGCAUCGUCGUCAACAACCUGGGCAUCGACCAGGCCUCCUGGAUGAAGCGCCUGGCAGUGUUCGCCCAGCCCAUCGUCAGCAAGGCCAGGCCGGAGCUGCUGCGCUCCCACUUCAUCCCCACCCUGGAGAGGCUGAAGAAGAGGGCAGGGAAGGUGGUGGCCGAGGAGGAGCAGCUGAGGCUGGAGGCCAGGGGGGAGGGGGAGGAGGCCGAGCUGCAGCUGCGCGAUGAGUUCGCCGUCCUCUGCCGCGACCUCUACGCCCUCUACCCCCUCCUCAUCCGCUACGUCGACAACAGCCGGGCCAAGUGGCUGACAGAGCCCAACGAGGACGCCGAGGAGCUGUUCCGCAUGGUGGGAGAGGUCUUCAUCUACUGGUCCAAGUCCCACAACUUCAAGCGGGAAGAGCAGAACUUCGUGGUGCAGAACGAGAUCAACAACAUGUCCUUCCUCACCGCCGACAGCAAGAGCAAGAUGGCCAAGGGGGGAGGCUCAGAGCAGGAGAGGAGCAAGAAGAAGCGGCGGGGGGACCGCUACUCGGUGCACACCUCCCUGAUCGUGGCCACCCUGAAGAAGAUGCUGCCCAUCGGCCUCAACAUGUGCAGCCCCAGCGACCAGGAGCUCAUCGGCCUGGCCAAGGGCCGCUACGCCCUGAAGGACACCGAUGAGGAGGUCAGAGAGUUCCUCACCAACAACCUCCACCUGCAGGGCAAGGGCGAGGGCAGCGCCUCCCUGCGCUGGCAGAUGGCUCUGUACCGGCAGCUGCCUGGCAAGGCCGAGGACGCCGACAGCCCCGAGAAGGUCGUCCGCAGGGUCCAGGAGGUCUCCGCUGUCCUCUACCACCUGGAGCAGACAGAGCACCCUUACAAGUCCAAGAAGGCCGUGUGGCACAAGCUGCUCUCCAAGCAGCGCCGCAGGGCCGUGGUGGCCUGCUUCAGGAUGACUCCGCUCUACAACCUGCCCAG